GGCCGUCGCCAUGAACAGCGUGGGAGAGGCCUGCACGGACAUGAAGCGCGAGUACGAUCAGUGCUUCAACCGCUGGUUUGCCGAGAAGUUCCUCAAGGGUGAAGGUUCCGGGGACCCCUGUACUGACCUCUUCAAGCGCUAUCAGCAGUGCGUGCAGAAAGCAAUAAAGGAGAAGGAGAUUCCUAUAGAAGGACUGGAGUUCAUGGGCCAUAGCAAAGAAAAAUCUGAAAGUUCUUCUUGACAUUGACACCAGCCUUCAGCAUGACCUUUUCAGCUACAGAAAUCAAGACAUCCAAAAGACUAUUGCCUCGAAGAUGACCACUGAUUUGAUGUGCUUUUUAGAGGAAGGUUCCCAUAAGUUUCUUUAUUUGCAAAAGGGUCAUGGAGACCAUUAUUUGCUUUCCGGGGGUUGGAUAAUAUCUAGCUGGUGUGGCAUCUUACAGUAUCAAACAUGGCAUAAAUGAACAUUUUUUUCAGAUGACCAGAAUGUUACUUACUUGGUCUGCUGUGAUCAACUUAUAAAACGGUUUGCAUAUAAAUACCAAUACAGGAGUCAGGAUGGCUAGAAUGUCCUGAAUGCUAAAUCCAUGCUGCUAAAUAUUAGAUAAAGUUUUUAUCUUCUUUUCCUGGAAGCAACACCAGUAUUUAAAUGGCAGCCAUUUUGUUUGGAUAAAGACUGAAUAAUGGUUAAUGGUAUGGGGGUAGCCAAAAAGGGGAUUCGCCUUUAAACUCUGCUUUUACGAAGAGUAUUCAGGUCAAUUAAGAAACAUGAAGUUCUUAAAAGGCUUCUAAGAAACCUUUUGGAGCUCCCAGAGUUUGGUAUUAAGUGCACAAAUUAAGGUGACUUCUAGUUUUCUCUAAAUCCUUUGUCAAUUUAGCUACAAAGGUACUAAAAAUAAGCAAAAAUCUGAUUUUCCUGAUUGUCAGGCUGUUUCAUGAAUGGUAAUUGUGACUAUGAUCAACAGAUUGCUCUGAUCUCACAGGUUGAGCCUGUAGACCAUCCUGGGUGUGUUGGGGAAAGAGGGUUGUUUACUGGCCUCUUGAUUGCAGUAACACUUGCACAUUGUUAAUUGGGAUAAGGAGGUUGGUUUGCUUUAUUUGUCCAUCAUGUUCUGUAACAUCCAAAAUCGCAGAUGGAAUAAAUAAUUGCUUUUUUGGUUUAAAA